UCAAACAUUAUGGAGAACGCCCGACGCUCAGAAAAAAAUAGAAUUUAUUGGAACCAUAAUGCUUCUAUUAACGGAUUAUUAGUAAUUGUAAUGGUACCGUACGUUUUAAAACUUGAACUUACGUCGGACUGUUUUUGUUUUCAACAGGUAUUGUUCAGCGUGUGUCACAUCGCCCAGGCCAAUCACACGACAACGAUCGAUUGCUCGGGACUGAAGAGGUGUCAAAAAUGCACCGGUCAGGGAUCGGCGUGCGUCUGGUCGCUGGAACGUCAGGCGUGUUUCGCGGACUACGGGAAAAAGCUGUCGCUGGCCGUCCGCAAAACGACCGAUUGUCCGCGGGUGACGUCCGUCACGAGGGUGACGUAUGCGGCCUACCUGCCUUUCGUUUACAAGGUGCAGGUGUCCAACGACGUGACCGAGUUCAUGGCGUUUCUCGGGGACGUGCAGGUGUCGUGCGUCGUGUUGGACGUGACGCGCCCCGCCCGGGUGUCCAACGACACGAUCAGUUGCGCGCCCGUCGACAAGUCCGACCUGGGCUUCGACCACCAGAGGCUGAUGACCUAUCACUGUUACGUGACGUUCGGCGACGGCGACACCAUACUGCGGCUGGACGACGCCGCCGACAGUUACUUCGCGGUGUACGACGAAUUCUACUACGGGUACCCGAUGGACGCCGAGAGCUGCGUGGCCUGCGCUUGGGACGUGGGCCACUACGCGUACCAUUACAAGUGGUGCUCCAGCCGGAACGUGGCCACGGGCCGGUACCUGUACUACGUCGGUCACAGCGACACCGACCGGAACGCCGCGAUGCCGGCCGACGACCGCCUCGCGGCCACCGUGCCCGCGUCGUCCGGAUGCGAGGACGUGCGCGUCCGGUCCGUGGAACCGUCGUCCGCGCUGUGGACGGGCGGCGUGCGCAUAAGCGUGACGGUCAGUAACCACUCGAUACUGGCCGACGGCGGCGAGGUGACAGUGACCGCGGCCGGACGGGCGUGCGCGCGACCCGAGUCCACGGUUCGCGGCACCGGGGUCACGUGCGUGCUGACCGCCCCCGGGCCGGGCGAGGUGCGACCUCGGACCGCCUACGUCAGCGGCCCGGUAACGAUCUCCUACGGCGCAUCGUCGCUGACGGUCGAGUCGGCGCAAACGUUCCGGCUCGUCUACCCCGAAAUCACGGACGUCAGCCCGUCGUGCGGCCCGCUGACCGGCGGCACUCUGCUCACCGUCCGCGGACGACAGCUGAACGCCGGCAGUCUGGUGACCGUCACCGUGACCGCCGCCGCGGAGGACGACGGCGGGUCGCCUUCGUCGGUACCGUGCGAAGUGGUGGCCCGGUACGCCGACCGCAUCCUGUGCCUGACCGGGCCGUCGGACCGGGCCGCGGUCGGCGUCGUUCGCGCGCUGUUCGACGGCAAGCUGCGCGUCCAGGACGGACCGGACGGCCCGCUGACGUUCGCCUACGGCGCGGAGCCCGCGCUGACCGCCGGUCAACGGUUCGAGGGCAUCGCGUCCGGCGGCACGGCCGCGCCGGUCCGCGGUACCGGUUUCGCGUGCGUCAGCGACGCCGUCAUGUACGCGGACAGGGGCGGCGUCCGCCGGCUGGCCGCCGCCCACUGCCGCCCGGUCAACGACACGUUCAUGGUGUGCGGCACCCCGAGACUGGACGGGCCGACCGGCGGCGCCGGCGACUCGCCGGAACGGUUGCGUUUCGGGUUCCGCGUCCGGCACGUCGACGGUCACGUUUCCGACAUGCCGCCACAACCGGACACCGACGGGUACGUGGCGCACUCCGAUCCCGUGCUGGUGGACUUCUCCGUGUCGGCCUCCGGUCGGACCGUGAUGAUCAGCGGACUGGACCUGGGUCGCGGUUACCGGGCCGCCGACGUCGCGGUCGUCGAAUCCGCCAACGACCCGUCCUCGGUCGCUUGCAACGUGACCGCGGUCACCCGACGCCAUAUCGUGUGCAAGACGGCCUCGCCGUCCGAUCUGCUGCACGGCGUCCCAGCCCUAGUCGUCACCAUCGGCGACCGGUUCACCCGCACGGUCAACUCCACGGCUUAUCGGUCCCCGUCGUUCGGAAUACUCUUCUUCGUCACGGUCUUCGUGUUGAUCGCUCUGGUGUAUUAUUGCUACUACAAGUCGAAAUCUGUCGUCGUACCACGCUUCGGUUUUGCAAACACUAUGUAACGAGUGCCACUUAAUUUAUGUUGUGACAUAAUUAAUUAGAGUUAAUGAUUUAUUUUUACUUUUAUUAUUAUAAUUAUUAUUGGUUUUUUUUUUUGUCAUGAUAUUACUUUUUCACGUAUACGAACUAUACCGACUUUAAUUUAUUUAUUUUUUUUAAUAUCAUUUGAAUUAUUUAUUUGUGUUGUCGGUUCUCACCUGCAAUUGUUUCUAUAUUAUUAUUAUUUUAAUAUUAUAAAAGUUUCGCUGUUGGUAAGCUAUACGUUACAGCUAUAGA